AUGGAGGCGGCGCGCACGCAGCGCCCCGCAGGCUGGCCCCGGGCGCCCCUCGCCCGCACCGGGCUCCUGCUCCUGUCGACGUGGGUCCUGGCCGGCGCCGAGAUCACUUGGGACGCAACGGGCGGUCCUGGGCGCCUCGCGGCUCUGGCUUCGCGGUCCCCGGCGCUGCCGCCUCUCUCGCUGCGGGCAGUGGCAAGCCAGUGGCCGGAGGAGCUGGCGACUGUACGGAGAGGCGCCGCACUGGGGCGCCGGCCGGGACCAGAGCCACUGCCCCAGCCAGGCGGAGGCAGCGGCAGAAAGAAGCAGGGAGAAGCCGGAGGGCUGUUGCCGGCAGGCGCGCAAUGGGGACGGGGCAUCUCGGCUCCUGGCAAGCCUGGCGGCACAAGGAGGAGUCGCCGGGCGCAGCCCCCCAGUGCCCUGGAACGCGGAGACACCCAGGCUACUGUCUUAGCCGAUGGUUCCAAAGGAAGCCGAUCUCUGGCCAAGGGUCUCCGGGAGGAGGUGAAGGCACCACGGUCUGGGGGGUCGGCGGCCGAAGAGCUCCGGCUACCCAGCACCUCGUUCGCGCUGACCGGGGACUCGGCCCACAACCAAGCCAUGGUGCACUGGUCGGGACACAACAGCAGCGUUAUACUUAUCCUGACGAAGCUGUAUGACUUCAACCUGGGAAGCGUGACAGAGAGCUCACUUUGGAGAUCAACAGAUUACGGCACCACCUAUGAAAAGCUCAAUGACAAAGUGGGCUUGAAGACUGUCCUCAGUUACCUCUACGUCAAUCCCACCAACAAAAGGAAGAUCAUGCUUCUUAGUGAUCCUGAGAUGGAGAGCAGCAUAUUGAUCAGCUCAGAUGAAGGGGCAACCUAUCAGAAAUACCGGCUCACCUUCUAUAUCCAGAGUCUUCUCUUUCACCCCAAGCAAGAGGACUGGGUGCUGGCCUACAGUCUGGAUCAAAAGCUCUACAGCUCCAUGGACUUUGGGAGACGGUGGCAACUCAUGCAUGAACGCAUCACACCCAACAGGUUUUACUGGUCGGUGGCCGGAUUGGAUAAGGAGGCGGACUUGGUGCACAUGGAAGUGCGGACAGCUGAUGGAUAUGCUCACUACCUCACCUGCAGGAUCCAGGAAUGUGCUGAGACCACUCGGAGUGGGCCUUUUGCCCGCUCCAUUGACAUCAGUUCCCUGGUCGUCCAGGAUGAAUAUAUCUUCAUUCAGGUAACAACUGGUGGAAGAGCCAGCUACUACGUAUCUUACCGAAGAGAAGCCUUCACUCAGAUAAAGCUGCCCAAGUACUCGCUGCCCAAGGACAUGCAUAUCAUUAGUACCAGUGAGAACCAAGUGUUCGCAGCUGUCCAGGAAUGGAACCAGAAUGACACGUACAACCUCUACAUCUCAGACACACGUGGGAUCUACUUCACCCUGGCCAUGGAGAACAUUAAGAGCAGCAGAGGUCUGAUGGGAAACAUCAUUAUUGAAUUGUAUGAGGUAGCAGGCAUCAAAGGGAUAUUCCUGGCAAACAAGAAGGUGGAUGGCCAAGUGAAGACAUACAUCACUUACAACAAGGGCAGGGAUUGGCGCCUCCUGCAAGCUCCAGACGUGGACCUGAGAGGAAGCCCAGUACACUGCCUGCUGCCCUUCUGCUCCCUGCACCUACACUUGCAGGUCUCCGAAAAUCCGUAUUCCUCAGGGAGGAUCUCCAGCAAGGAGACGGCUCCAGGGCUCGUGGUGGCCACAGGCAACAUUGGUCCAGAGCUCUCAUAUACUGAUAUCAGCGUGUUCAUCUCUUCCGAUGGGGGCAACACAUGGAGACAGAUCUUUGAUGAAGAGUACAAUGUCUGGUUCCUAGACUGGGGUGGCGCCCUCGUGGCCAUGAAACACACACCUCUGCCAGUCAGGCAUUUGUGGGUGAGUUUUGACGAGGGCCACUCCUGGAACAAGUACGGUUUCACUUCGCUUCCUCUUUUUGUGGACGGUGCUCUGGUGGAGGCAGGCGUGGAGACCCAAAUUAUGACAGUUUUUGGCCACUUCAGCCUCCGCUCGGAAUGGCAGUUGGUGAAGGUGGGCUACAAAUCUAUCUUCAGCCGGCGCUGCAGCAAAGAGGAUUAUCAGACCUGGCACCUGCUCGAUCAGGGGGAGCCUUGCGUCAUGGGAGAAAGGAAAAUAUUCAAGAAACGCAAGCCAGGAGCUCAGUGUGCCCUGGGCCGAGACUCCUCAGGGACGGUGGUCUCAGAACCCUGUGUCUGUGCCGACUGGGACUUUGAAUGUGACUAUGGUUAUGAGAGACGUGGAGAAAGCCAUUGUGUCCCAGCUUUCUGGUACAAUCCAGCAUCCCCGUCAAAGGACUGCAGCCUUGGUCAAAGCUACCUUAACAGCACUGGGUACCGGCGGAUCGUGUCCAACAACUGCACAGACGGACUGAGGGAGAAGUACACCGCCAAGGCCCAGAUAUGCCCCGGAAAAGCCCCUCACGGCCUCCACGUGGUGACGACCGAUGGGCGCCUGGUGGCAGAGCAGGGGCACAAUGCAACCUUCAUCAUCCUCAUGGAGGAGGGUGAUCUCCAAAGGACAAACAUCCAGCUUGACUUUGGGGAUGGGAUUGCAGUGUCCUAUGCUAACUUCAGUCCUAUUGAGGACGGCAUCAAGCACGUGUACAAGAGUGCGGGGAUCUUCCAGGUGACGGCCUAUGCGGAGAACAACCUGGGCUCAGACACAGCUGUCCUCUUCCUGCACGUGGUUUGUCCCGUGGAGCACGUUCAUCUCCGAGUUCCUUUUGUUGCCAUAAGAAAUAAGGAGGUCAACAUCAGUGCAGUUGUGUGGCCCAGCCAACUGGGGACCCUUACCUAUUUCUGGUGGUUCGGCAAUAGUACAAAGCCCCUCAUCACCUUGGACAGCAGCAUUUCCUUCACAUUCCUAGCAGAGGGGACCAAUACCAUCACUGUCCAGGUGGCUGCUGGGAAUGCCCUCAUCCAGGACACGAAAGACAUCGCAGUUCACGAAUACUUUCAGUCCCAACUCUUAUCAUUCUCUCCUAAUCUGGAUUACCACAAUCCUGACAUUCCGGAGUGGAGGCAAGAUAUUGCCAAUGUGAUCAAGCGGGCUCUGGUGAAAGUAACCAGCAUCCCAGAAGAGCAGAUCCUAGUUGCCGUGUUCCCUGGCCUCCCCACUUCUGCAGAGCUCUUCAUCCUUCCCCCCAAGAACUUGACAGAGAGGAGGAAAGGCAAUGAAGGGGACCUGGAACAAAUUGUAGAGACGCUGUUUAAUGCUCUAAACCAAAAUUUGGUCCAGUUUGAGCUGAAGCCAGGGAUUCAAGUCAUUGUGUAUGUCACACAGCUGACUUUAGCUCCACUGGUGGACUCCAGUGCUGGGCACAGCAGCUCAGCCAUGCUUAUGCUCUUGUCAGUGGUGUUUGUCGGCCUGGCUGUGUUUUUGAUCUACAAAUUUAAAAGGAAAAUCCCCUGGAUUAACAUCUAUGCUCAAGUCCAACACGACAAGGAGCAGGAGAUGAUUGGGUCAGUGAGCCAAAGUGAAAACGCCCCCAAAAUCACACUCAGUGACUUCACCGAGCCCGAGGAACUGCUGGACAAAGAGCUGGACACCCGGGUCAUAGGAGGCAUUGCCACCAUUGCAAACAGCGAAAGCACAAAGGAGAUCCCCAACUGCACUAGUGUUUAA